AUGGCCACAGCUGAAGAAGCUGACGUGGCAAUGGCGAACUCUGUGGCAACGGCCACGGCCGACAUUAGCGAUCGUACCGAGAUAGUAGCUGCACAUGUCGCAGGCGACAAGCCAGUCGCAGAAGUCGCACACGCCGUAGGCAACUCCGUCGCUGACAUCGUGCAUCCAGCCGAGUUCGAUAAGGAGCAAUUCGUUACUGUCAUCCCGCUACAGGCCCUCGCCGUGCCUGCUCGGCUGGCGCAACAGACCUCUCGCAUCGUUCACGGUCACACCUUCGACCGCCCUCGCUUACGUCACAUCCUGCCGCACCCCAGCGACGCCUCGCUGCGCCUCGUGCUGCUGGAUGACGUCAUCAAGGACGCCUCAAGGGGUGGGUGCAACAAGCAAAAUCUGCCAGCGGCUGUGCGGCAGCAGCUGCAGCAGGAGGGGCUGUGGAACGUCACCACGUACGAGCAGCGCCUCGACUACUCCUACUGGCCCGCAGGCAUGCCUUCAUUCUCUGUCGACACGCCUCCCACAACCCCGUCUCACUCCCUCCCACCCGCCUGCAGACCACAUACUGAGGAAGCUGCUGCCGCCAGGGGUGGAAGUGCCCACGGCAUUCGAGACUGUCGGUAUUAUACCUUGAGCCACAUAGCGCAUGUGAACCUGCGCGAUGACCUGCUGCCCUACCGCUUUGUCAUUGGGAAAGUCCUGCUGGAGCCUCGUCCGUCUCGAACCCUCGUGCCCCCGUUGCUACAGAAGAACACCCCGUUGAUCCGAGCGGUGGUGAACAAGAGCGGCAUCAUCGAAAACGAGUUUCGCGUGCCCACGCUCGACCUCAUCGCAGGCGAAGGCUCCUCCUCCCACCUGGAGACCUCCAAGAACGCCCCGUUGAUCAAAACAGUGGUGAACAAGAGCGGCAUCAUCGAGAACGAGUUCCGCGUGCCCACGCUCGAGCUCAUCGCAGGCGAGGGCUCCUCCUCGCACCUCGAGACGUCCGUGAGGCAGCACGGCGCCACCUUCCACGUGGACUACGCGUGCGUGUACUGGAACUCGCGCCUCGAGCACGAGCACAAGCGCCUGGUAGAUGCGUUUUUUAGAAGGGGAGAUGUGGUGGUUGAUAUGUUUGCUGGGGUGGGGCCGUUUGCCGUGCCGGCUGCCAAGGCGGGGUGUGCUGUGCUUGCGAAUGACUUGAAUCCGGCCAGUGUGGAGUAUUUGAGGCGGAAUGUAAGGGUGAAUGGGGUGGAGGGGCGGGUGCGGGCUUAUAACGAGGAUGCGCGGGUGUUUGUGAGGGGGGUUCUGAAGCCACCGGAAGGGGGUGAAGUGGCGAUUGGGGUGGAAGGCACAUUGGAGGAAGAGCGGAAGAAGGCAGGGGAUGGUGAGGCAGGUGGGAAGGAGCAUGUGCAGCAGGAGGAGGGGGGGAACGGGGAGAGAGAGCAGCAGAGCAGCAGUAAGGGGGGGGAACAGAGGGUGGCUGUGGGGAGUGCGAGCGGGGUGCAAGAGGAGGCAGAGGCUGUGAGGGGAGGGGCGACAGGGAGCACACACGGGCAGGUGGCAAGAGAAGCGGGAGAGACGGAUCUUGAGGACAGGGAGGCUGCUGGAGGCCACAGGAGUAGCGAGACAGCAGGCAGCAGAGAUGGACGCGAGGGGGGAGAGGGCCGAGGGGCUGGUGGGGGAGUGCAGGGGGAAAACACAAAGGAGGAGAAAGCGGAGGAGGUCAACGAGGGAGAGAAGCAGGAGGGGUUGGGUGAGGGUAAGGGGGAGCAGAAUGGGGGAAGAUCAGGGAGGAAAGGCAAAGGGAAGAGGAAGGGAGGGAAGGGAGGGAAGGGAGGGAAGUGCGAGAGCAAGGAUGAGGGGGGCAUAGAGGUGGCAUUGGUGGCGCCGUGGCGGCAUGUGGACCACGUCGUCAUGAACCUGCCCGCCUCUGCCAUCACCUUCCUCGGUGCGCUCCUUCAUUCCUUCCCUGCCACUCCUUCCGCGGCGCCUUCUCGCGCGCGCACUGGGAGGGCGCCCUGCCGCUCAUCCACACCUACUGCUUCCACCGCUCUGGCCACACCACUGAGGCCGUCACGCAGGUGGGGUGGUGAGGGGGAGGGGGGGAGUGGUGCAGGCGUGAGCUUCAUGACAAGAGCUGCCCUGCAUGACAAGAGCUGCCCUGCAUGGCACGAGCUGCCCUGCAUGGCAAGAGCUGCCCUGCAUGGCACGAGCUGCCCUGCAUGGCACGAGCUGCCCUACAUGGCACGAGCUGCUCUGCAUGGCAAGAGCUGCCCUGCAUGGCACGAGCUGCCCUGCAUGGCUGCAGCUUGUGGGAUGACAGAGGAGGACUGUUGGUGGGGGUAUCGGUGGGUGGGCUGUAAGGUGAUGGACUUCACCGUCUCUUGUCCCAUGAGCCUUGCUCCCGCCCUCCAUGCAUGCCCUCCAUGCAUGCCCUCCAUGCAUGCCCUCCAUGCAUGCCCUCCAUGCAUGCCCUCCAUGCAUGCCCUCCAUGCAUGCCCUCCAUGCAUGCCCUCCAUGCAUGCACGGCCAACCCAACCCCCAUGCUUGCCUUCACUGCUUGCCUGCACUGCGUGUGAGUUGACUCAAAGCAAUAGUUCCCCAUACCUGCACACUGCGUGCACUGCCUGCCUGCAUGGGAGAGCAGGAGGUGGGGCGGCGCGGCACCUGGGUGCCAUGGAUGGGAGGUGA